UGCGCAGAGCCCCCACCCCCGUGUCUCAGCUGACAGGGGAGGAUGAUGGCUGACUCUGCUGACUCUGCUGACUCUGGGAGCAACGAAGUGGCUGUGAUCGGAAACACCGACCUGACUUCCUCGGAAUCAGAGAACAACUUCAUAAACACGAUGGUGGAAAGAGGGACAGCUCUUUUGAGAAAAAUGGAGAUCAAUGUGACAGAGGCAGAGAAGAGAACAGGGAAGAACACGGUCAACAUGCAGGAAACCUAUACUGUCUACCUCAUAGAAACACGGCCAGCUGAAACUGUCCCAGAGGGAGGUACGCCGGCUGCACCUGAUACUUUGUGGAGACGCUACAGCGAGUUUGAGCUGCUCAGAAAUUACCUCCUGGUCACUUACCCCUAUGUCAUCAUCCCUCCACUGCCAGAGAAAAGGGCAGAGUUUGUUUGGCACAAGCUGUCAGCAGACAACCUCGACCCAGACUUUGUUGAGCGACGGAGAGUCGGCCUGGAAAACUUCCUGUUGCGUGUUGCAUCACAUCCUGUCCUUUCUGAUGACGAAAUCUUCGUCUGCUUUCUCACAGAGGAGAGGAGAUGGAAGGAUGCAGUUUUGGAGACGGGUUUCCAAGACAAGGCUGAUUCCAGACUAAAGUCUCUGAGUGCCAUGUUUAGGGUCAAGAACCCAGACAAGCAAUUCACAGCACUGAAACACUACAGCGAUGACCUGAAUACUGUCAUCUCUCAGUUACUCAGGGUGCGGGCGAGAGUAGCAGACAGGCAGUACGGAGUCUACAAGGUCCACGGUAACUAUGGCAGAGUCUUUAGUGAGUGGAGUGCCAUUGAGAAAGAGAUGGGAGACGGACUACAGAGUGCUGGUCACCACAUGGACACAUUUGCUACAUCAAUAGAUGACAUUCUGGAGGAAGAAGAGCACUAUGCAGACCAACUGAAAGAAUACCUCUUCUACACUGAUGCUGUCAGGUCAGUGUGUAGGAAACAGGACAUGAUCCAGUAUGAGUUGGAGAUGGCAAUUCAGGACCUCGCCAAUAAGAAACAGCAGAAAGAAGAGCUGACCAAUGGGGUAACACACAAACACACACUGGUUUAGUAAACCUCAGGUCCUACUAUACAUCCUGGGUAAA